AUGUCUGACGAUUUGGAGAACCUCCGCCGCUGGGCCGACGGCAAACCCCUCCUCGGCCUGCCCCCCAGAGCCCUCCCAACCGUGUCCGCAGACAUCAACACAGAGAUGGUCGCCCAACCCUUCUACUUCAACGUCUCCCCCCGGGGCGCGACAGGCGCCGAGUUAUUCCGUAACCCUGAUAACCACGCCGAUGCCGCCGCCGCUGUAAUGACCUACGCUGGGAUCCAGUCUGGCUUCCGUCCCGCCCUCGGCCUCAAGGGUCAAGCAUCCCAGUUUAAUGAAUACGUCUGGAGGAUCGCUACUUUCCCGGGGUUCUUCCUUGACCGGACCGAGGAGACUGUGGAGCAGCGAACCUCACAGAAUAUUGAUUAUAUGAUCAACCAGAUCCGCAGCGCCUACGUCGGAUUCGGCGACGCAGACAUCAACGGGAUUAUCCAGUCUAUACAGAGAAUGGCCAACAGUAUUCUGAACAAGAGUUCAAGGGAGAGCGACAAGGCCAUCUUCUCACAGGACGCGAUCCAAAGGUCCAGCUACACAACUUACAUCACCCUCUUCUAUGCGACCUUGUCAAUGAAGCUGGACCAGCACGGAAAGAAGACUUAUGUCGAGCAGACGUACCGGAUCGCUCGUACCGUGAUUAAGCUCAACACCACCUUUCUGAUCGCCUACGCUGAUGAGCUCGCUUCCAUCCUGGGGAAUGGUGGUCUUGACGAAUGGGGUAGACAAUACUCAUCUCCUACUGGAGAUAAGUUGUCCUGCUUCGAGACCCACUUCAACGUGGCUCCCAAGGAGGUCUGA